UAGACUCUCGUUAACUGUUGGUUGUAUUACCACGCGGGGCGUGCGGAACAGUAAAAGAGAGAAAGAGUUGAGUGAUGUAGACUCAGGGUUGGAGAAAGAGAACGAGGGUGGGAGGUCUGUUGUUCUAGAGACACCAACGUCCGUGUGGAGGUUUCGAAAUUCUGGCGAAUGUCUGAUAGCAACCCUACGUCAUGAUCUCGUGAUCUAUCUACUAGUUUCGACACGUUUGAUCGAACAUAUAUCGCAUAAAAAACGCAAGAACUCAAAGAAAGGUACGCAAACGUACCUGAAAAGAAUUUGAACGCCUACAAGGAUCUUUUCACCCUAACAGAUAAUAUUGUUAUGGGGUUAUUAAAUUUGCCUGUGACAUUAUCAGUCACUGAAUCACUUCGCAAUGUGACCUUAAGGAGUUAUGGAUUACAACAGAAAACAGAGAAGUUCUGCUGGAGAUUAAAGUCUGGGUGAUAUUAUCUAACAUGGAAAUGAAAGGAGACCAUUUAAUAGCAGCACCUGGACCAAGAGAAUAUAAUAAACCUUAAAGUCUUUUGGAACAAUUUUCUGAAUUGUCUUCUAGUUAUCAAGGCUAUUAUUCUUCUACUUAAUGUUCAAGACCAUUUAGAUAAUAAUUACAAUGUUUAUUAUCUGCUGGACUGACUCCAACUGCUGGCAAGUACAGAAGAUCGUAGAUUUCUACCUAAACUACCAUCAGACAAGUUAGGUUUCUAGCAGGUGUUCAUGUUCGAGGUUUACUAGGUUUAGUAACAGGUGAUGUUGCUGUAAUAUUCUCAUUUAAAGAUUACUCUUGUCCACCGGUACAUAGAUGAUGCAUCAACAUGAAUGAUAGACGGAUUAGAAGAACACAUUGAAAAUGAAUAAUCGCCAUUCCUUUUACUGAAAAAAAUAAUGGAGUAUAUGGAUUUUUUUGAAGAAUAUGAAACAUGAAUGUCUGCAUGUUUGCUGUUAUUGUUUUUCUUCUCUUCGGCCUCAUGUCAGUUGGAUCUUCCACCCCUGAGAGAUGAUAGAGUGGAUCCUUACAAUCGCGAUCGAGUGGAGCCUUACAACCGGGAUCAAGUAGAUCCUUACAAUCGAGAUCGACCAGAUACUUUUAACCAACCAGACUCCUUCAACCGAGGACCCAAUAUAAAUGAUCGGGAUAUCAGAAAUGUUUUAUUGGAACUUGAUGCUGAGGGAACAAAAAAAUGCACUAAUAAUGUUGCAGCACAGUGGAAUUACGAAACUGAUGUGAACGAAUAUAGUCAAUUUCAAGCACUGGAAGCGCAGAGAGAAUACGCGGAAUUUCAGAACUAUGCUUGGCGAAUAAUAAAUCGAUUAGAUGUACUCAAUCAACGGGAUCCUCUACUACGUAGAAGACUGAGAUAUUUAUCGGUGGUUGGCCCAGCUGCAUUACCACCUGAUCAAUUAGACAGAUACAAUCGUAUCAUAAAUGAUAUGCUUGCAAUUUAUAACUCUGCUACAAUAUGCGCCCACAAUGAUCCUUUCCGGUGUGGACUACGCCUUUAUCCAGAAAUUACACAGAUCAUGGCUAAAAGUAGAGACUGGGAUGAAUUACAGUGGGUUUGGACUGAAUGGAGGCGACGGAGCGGUGCCCAAAUGCGUGACCUUUACACUCAAUUAGUCACGUUAAAUAACGAAAUAGCAAGACUCAAUAAUUUCACAGAUGCUGCAGAAUAUUGGAUGUUUCCUUAUGAAUCUCCAGACUUUCAACGAGAAAUCGAUGAGGUCUGGGAAACUAUCCGCCCACUUUAUGAGGAACUUCAUGCAUACAUUAGAAAACGGCUUAGAGACUUAUAUGGACCAGAAAAAAUAGGAACCCAUACACCACUUCCAGCUCAUAUUCUUGGAAAUUUGUGGGGUCAAUCGUGGACCAAUUUGCUUGAUAUUACAACGCCAUAUCCUGGAAAAUAUUACAUGGAUGUUACGGAAGAAAUGCAGGCUCAGGGAUAUACACCUCUAGAUAUAUUCCAGAGAGGCGAGGAAUUUUACCUCUCACUCAAUUUGAGCGCAUUACCUCCAGAGUUCUGGGCCGGAAGUAUUAUAGCUAACCGGGGUGACCGCCCAUUAAUCUGUCAAGCUUCCGCGUGGGAUUUUUGUAAUGGUAUUGAUUACAGAAUCAAAAUGUGUACGAAAGUGACUAUGAAAGACUUAAUUACUGUUCAUCACGAAAUGGCUCAUAUUCAGUACUUCUUACGAUACAGAAAUCUCCCAAGAGAAUUUAGAGAUGGAGCCAAUCCAGCAUUUCAUGAAGCCGUUGGUGAAGCAGUUGCUCUAAGUGUUGGCACACCGAAGCAUCUUCAAACUUUGGGCCUGGCUAAUAAAUACGUUGAUGAACCACAAUCAGAUAUCAACUACUUAUUCUCAUUAGCAAUGGAAAAACUUCCGAUGUUACCAAUCAGUAUUGCCAUGGAUCGAUGGAGAUGGGAUGUAUUUAAGAAAGUUGUUACUCGUCAAGAAUAUAAUUGUCAUUGGCAUAGAAUGAUGGAACUUUAUGCUGGAAUUAAACCACCUGUUUUAAGAUCCGAAGAGGACUUUGAUCCUGGCUCCAAGUACCACAUUCCAGCAAAUAUUCCAUACAUUCGAAACUUUGUGGCCGGUGUUCUCCAAUUCCAGCUAUACCGAGGUCUAUGCCAAGCCGCAGGACAACGUUUUGCCAAUGAUCCUAGAAGACCAUUACAUCGAUGUGACUUUUACAGAAAUCCUGAUGCUGGACGUGUUUUAGGAAGAUUGAUGGAGAAAGGAUCUUCGCGACCAUGGCAGGACAUACUCCAAGAGGCGACUGGUGAAUUCAGAUUGGAUGGUGACGCACUCAGGGAGUUCUUUAGACCAUUGGAGGAUUGGCUGAGAACGGAAAAUCUAAGAUCCGGUGAAGUUGUUGGCUGGUCUUAUGAUGGUGACUACUGUAAGCGUAGCAUUGAAACCGCAGGUCUGCAGGUUUAUGGAGCUGGAUUUUACUUUAGCUCAGCAUUCUCUUCACAUCUCCAAGCUCCACUCAUUACUAUCUUGUUAAUUAUUUCUACUAUAUUUAUUUAUUAGGAGAAUUUUAAAUACCAAGAAUUAAUUGUUGCAAGUAACAAUUUAAAAGAAAAAUUCAAACUUUCAAUUGAUGAAAGACACAUUUAAUCAUUUUUAGAGUUAAUUCAUAAACUUAACUCUUAAAUGAAUAAUUUUAUAUGUUAAAAUUAAAAAAAAAAUUUUAUAUGUUGUAAAUUAUAAGUAUUUUUUAUUGUUGAACAUUUAUCAUCGUUGAACAUUUAAGGGUUAAAGAUUUCAACAAGCUUAAGAUUCACAACCUUUGGAAAAUUAUUGAUAUUUUGCAUUGAAAACAUUCUAAAAGGUUAAAAGAAAAAUAGUUAAUCAUUAAAGAAAUGUGAGAUAAAUUUUUUGUAAAUCAUGAAAUUGAUAUAUGAGUCAUCCAUUUAUUACAAAUAUUUCUUAAGUGUUGGCGUCAAUCAUUUAUUCAGUCUUCUUAAUAUUAAAAUCCGUUCUAGAUCAUUGUAGUACUUGGUUAGAAUAAUUUUUGCCUAUCAUCAGAGAAUCGAAAAAUUCACUUCUAGAAUGCG